AUGACCGACGUCGCGCGCCCGCUGCCGCUCGACACGCACUCGAGGCAGACGUCGCUCAGCGCGGCGGACUUUCUCUUCGACUUCUCGGCGGCAGCCCCGGGCGGGCCGCUGCUCACUUCAAACUGCGCGACCGCGGCGGCGCAGAUGGCAUCGCUAGGCGCGUUCGUGAACGUAGACGACGCGCGCGAGACGAUGGACGUCGGACACGCGACGGACGCGCUCGCGCGCGGCGACGCGAGCGACGUUCCGACGCGCGCGCAUCUCGCCGGGUUCUCCUCGCGAGGAGAAAAGACGUUCGACGGUUCGACGACGGCGCACGCGUCGACGGAGACGCGCGGCGGCAAGGAUGAAAAAGCGUCCACGUCGUACGCGAACGCGACGACGUUCCCUCCCGCGAACUUUGGCGACCUCGACGCGGAGCAGCAGGCGGACGCGUUCUACGAAAAGGGCCCGCUCCGGACGCUCAGCGCGCGGACGUUCGACGUCCUCCUGAACAACAGCGGCGUGAAAGACACCGAGGAAUGGACCGCGCUUCAGAACCUCCCGUCGCUCCCGCGCGACAUGUCCGCGGUCGACAUCUGCGGCGACGCGCUGACGGACCGCCCGUCCGACGCGUGGGCCGCGUGGGACGACGCCAGCCUGCGCGCGGCGAGAGAGGCGGCGUCGGCGGCGCGCGCGCGCGCGACGCGCGCGCGCGACGACGCGACGCGCGCGACGGCCGCCGCGACCGCGCUGACGAUCCACGCGAAGGAGAUCCUCGACGUCGCGACCAGCGUGAAGCUUGACAAAGCCGGCGAGGCUGGGAGCACGAGGGAGGACAGCGGCAGCGGCGUCGUGACGCCGAACGUGUUGUCCGAACGCGGCGGCGGCGGCGGCGGCGGCGGCGGCGGCGGCGGGUUCGGCGUCGGCGGCUUCUACGCGGACGUCUCGUCCCCGUUCCUGGGCGGAGGACGACGGAGCGGGCGGAAGCGGUGGAGACCCGCGGGGAGCGACGACGAGACGGACAUGGAGGACGACGAGAACGGGGUCGGGGUCGGGGUCGGGGUCGGGAUCGGGGUCGGGAACGGGAUCGGGAACGGCGGCGCGAGGAAGCCGCCGGCGCGUCGCGCGUUCGUCGCCGCCGACGGCGAGACCACCGACGUGCGGCCGAUGGCCACGGACAGCAUCAUCACCGCGUCCGGGAAGAAGAUGCGCCGGGGGUGCCUGAACUGCCAGGCGCAGAAGACGCCGCAGUGGAGGAUGGGACCGGAGGGGCCGAAGACGCUGUGCAACGCGUGCGGCGUGCGGUACCGGAAGGGCUUGCCGAUGGACGGCGUCUGA